AUGGCUGUUCAACCGGAGUUCUCACGGAAGUGGUCGUGGAAGGCAAACCUCCAGGCGUACGAUGACGGACUCGGCGAGGGGCGUCAACCGAACCAGAAACUUCUGUUCUCUUCAUAUGAAACCCGCAUGGCCACGCGGGCCGCCCUUAUCGAGAGUUUGAAGGAUGGAACGGCAAGAGGAACCACAAAUCUCCCGACCCCCCAAGAGCUAGACAACAACAACCCUCGAGCGCGCCUUGGCUUGUGGGUAGGGUGGUACCUGCCUCUGGAGCCUUCCACCGAGCCUCACAUGGCAACGCGGAGCCUUUCCAUUAGCGAUCUCGUUGAGCAGAAGGCCUCGAAAGAUCAGUCAGAGGCCGUGGCAGUCUCGCGAAACUGCCCCACGGCUCUCAAAGCCAUCUUCCCUACGAAUGUCAGGAAGCGAUUGGACUAUUUUGCUCUUGCUGAACCGGAUCCGAUGACUGGUAUCUGCAAGGCCUUUCAGAUAACUGGUGCCACGAAGUCGAUCUACUUCUUCCCCGAAUUUCGAGACCAGGCUGACGACAUCACUGACCCGAACAAACGAAUUGGCGCUUGGAAAGCAUCAAUCCUGGGAAUCGCUGGCAGGAAGAACGAAGGCGACAGCGACGACGACGGCGAGCAGGACGACGAAGACGACGGCAACGGGGGCAGCAAGGACAAGGAAAAAGCAAACAAGUCGGCAAAACAGAAGUCUGGCAAGGCCAAGUUCAAGUCCAAGUCAGGUGUGCGCAUGCCCGGAACCAGCAACUCUGCGGUUGCCGGUGCCGGUAUUGGCGCCGGGGUUGGCGCCGGGGUUGGUGCCGGGAACUCGCUGGGUUUCCAGACCCUGCACAAUGCUUCUACUGCUCCUGUAUCUGCUCUCAACCCUAUCGACGCGAGCCAAAUCGCGAAACUCAGAGCUGGGCUUGCAGAGUUGCGUUCGAAGAUGACUCUCAAACUGUACAAUGAGAUCAGAGACGAGGUCGGAAAACUGACGAAAGUCGAGUUUCCCGUCUUCCCGAGCUCUACCUACCUCGACGCUUUCAUUCGCAAGAAGAGACUCAAGAAACGGCAUGCAAAGUUGGCGGUGGAUGAGUUCUUCGGUCUCUAUCCGUUCUUGAGACGGGAAUCAUUGACGAAUUUGAACCACUUUCUCGUUCAUGUUGCAUCCAUCGCGUUGAGCAGCGACACGGAGGGCGUUGUCGUACUGAGCUGGGACAUAAUUCAAGACUUUCUCCUGACGCUUGCGUACCUUUGCGACGCGAGAUAUGCUGAGGAGCCGGAGUUGAAGAGGAAGGUGUUCCUCGCCUUCGAGAUGGUUCGGAAGGAGGUUGGUGCUCUAUCUCAGUCGAAGGAAGCUACCCCCCGGGACAGGAUCCAAGACUUCCUUUCGGGAGUCAUCGACAACAUGGACAGACAGCUCGUCGUUCACGCGGAGAACUGCCGACUCGCGGCAAGUCUUGGCGAAGGCACGCACACCACAGGCGCUGCAAUCGUUGAGCGAUGGGUUAAGAGGCUGAGAGAACAGACCUCCAACGUGCAAGAAGCGGCCCGUCCGUUCAAGAGGCUGCGGCAAUUGGUUGACGAUGAUGACGAUGCCAAUGAUUUGCCAGAGACCGAGAUCGAUGGCUCUGGUUCGUUUGCCAGCUCGAAUGGAGGUCUGGCAGCAGCCGGAUCUACUGGAGAUAGUGCUGGCACCCCAAGCCAUCAACAUGCCGAAGGCGAAAGCCUCGGCUCGAGCUCUCGCCCUGCUCCAGACGAUUUCCAUGGUGCGAACUCCCACAUUGCUGAGCCAAGCACCGUCGAAGUCAAGCCUAGUGGUCCAGGCACCCCUCCUGGCACACCCAACUCCGACUCGCACCUCAGCGACCCAGAGUCUCUGGUCACUGGACCAGGCUCUCCCAAGGACCCGGAUUCACUUGCCGUGCUCCAGCUCUUGAACGCAGCUUGA